AAUAAAAAAAUUUCCCAAAAAAAUGGUUGUAACACAAAUUAAACCAACAACACAAACAACAUCCCCUUCUUCUUCCAAAAAUUCUUCAGAAGAAAAUAUUAUUUUACCUCCAGAACAUUUAUUUAGUGAUUAUAUUGAAAUUGUUUAUUUAGGCUCAGUUAUUUUAACUGGAUUAACUUUAAAUUUUUGUGUUUUGAAACGUUUACUCAUUGAAAAGAAAAUGACUGAGCGUGGGGGCAGGCCUAAGAAUGGCUUUGUUCUACUCAAAUUGAAUUUAAACAUAAGCGAUUUAUUAAUUUUAUUAAUUCACGCACUUGGCAAACUUGGUUGGCUAAUAACUUAUGAAUGGAAGGGGGGAGAGUGUUUGUGCAGAAUAUUUAAUUUUCUUUCAAUGUUUACCCUUUAUUUGUCUUCAAAUAUUGUUAUCUGUAUUGCUCUAGAUAGAUUAACUACCGUCUUAAAUGCACAAAAAUUAAAUAUGGGACAACAAAAGGUUGGAAAAUUUGGAAAAAUAAUUUUUAAAGUUUACAUGGCCUAG